AUGAUGAGAGUAUGCAGUGUUAAAUUGGGAACAAUACUCAAGUAUUAUAAAUUAUCUUAAUUAGUUUUGAGAUAUAUCUUUUCAUAAUUUCAUCAUGGCUUAAGAAGGCUUAUGUACAUAUGCAAGAGGCUUUUUGA